AUGGCAACUACACAGCACUAUCUCUGGGCGGGUGGACACUUCUUGCUCCUCCUUUCAGGGUCCCGUUACUUUUUGGCAUGGAUGAUGUUCAAAACCGUCUCGUCUUGGUGGUACAAGGCUAGCUUCCUUGGAGCCCUAAUGUCCUAUUUUAUUACUCCCCAGCCGAACAUGGCGUAUGUUAGACGCGCGCUCGCAGAUGAGAACGUGCAAUACUUUUUGUUGGCUAUCUUCUGGUGGACUUCCAGGCCGGUCACCUGUCCACCUCAACCUCAUCCUCUGGCGAAGAAGCUCCACCUUUGGGUUAAAGCUAACUACGAUACCGCGAUGCGCGUUGUGGCCAUCGCCGAACUCGUCAUCUUCGCGCGUGUUCUGUUCGGUGCACUUUUGUUCCGUAACUCGCUCAUGAUGCCGCUGGUCUACGCUCAAUUCCUCCAUCAGCGCUACUUCCACUCCCAGUUCACUCCUGUGGGUCAGGUAUGGUUGCGCGUGCGGGAGCUGGUUGUCAGGUUCGGAGCUAGCGCUGUCGUCGAGCCUGCUGCUCCGAGGAGGGAUUAA